AUCUCAGUUUGUCCUUAACCUUAUCAUCCCAUGUGGAAUGGAAUUAUUAAUUAGCCACUUCUACCAACCACGAUCAUUUUAAAAUAAAAACAAAUGACAAAUUAAUUGCUUCGAAAAAGAAAAAAAAAAGAUUUAAGCCACUUAGAUGAAAUGCUUAAAAUUUUUAAAUCCAUUUGCACCAAGGAGUUGUUGUCAGUUUUCAUUUGGUUAGAGAAACACUUGUAUCUUCAUUUUCCCAGGAACAAGAAAGAGAGAAGAAGAAGAAGAGAUGGCAGAGGCUGUUGUUUCCCCUGUGAUUGAAAGACUUGGAGACUUGCUACUGAACGAAGCUAAGUUCUUGUCUGGAGUCAAAGUCCAAGUCAAGGAUGCACACACCAAGCUGCUAUGGAUGCGCGCUUUCUUAAAAGAUGCAGAUGCUCAUGUAAGAGAUGGCGAUGAGAGAGUGCGCCUUUGGGUUGUCCAAGUCAGAGAUACUUCUUAUGACUUGGAGGAUGUUAUUGAAACUUAUGUCUUGAAAGUGGUUUCCAAGAGGAACGGGAGAGGUGUCAUUAGUGUACUGAAAAGGUAUGCUUGCAUCUUCAGCGAAGGAAUUUAUGUCCAUAAAAUUGGAGCAGAGAUUGAGAAGAUCUCAUCCAGCAUUGCUACUUUGACUUCAUCCCUACAAACAUAUGGCAUAAGAGAAUUAAGGGUCAAGGAAAUGGGUGAAACUUCAUCAAACAACAUCCAACCGCAAAGAGACUUGAGAAGAGCUUAUUCUCAUGUUGUGGAGAAUGUAGUUGUUGGAUUCGACAAAGAUGUCGAAGAAUUGGUAGCUCGUUUGAUUGGGAAAGAGAAUCCUCGUAGCCAUAGAGUGAUCUCUAUAUGUGGGAUGGGUGGUUUGGGAAAGACUACCCUUGCAAGAAAAGUCUAUCAUCAUCCCCAAGUCAGAGCUCACUUUGAUUGUUUUGCUUGGGCAUCAAUAUCUCAACAAUGUGUAGUGCGAGAAGUAUGGGAAGGGAUUUUAUUUGGUUUGACUUCUCCAACACAAGAAGAAAGGAAGGAGAUUAAAAGAAUGGGGAAUGGUGAGAUAGCAAAAAAGCUUUACAACCUUCAAAAACAAAGAAAAUGUUUGGUACUCCUCGAUGACAUUUGGACCGCUUCCACCUGGGAUGGUCUGAAAGCUGCAUUCCCUCAAGACGAAACCGAUAGCAAGAUUUUACUCACAACUCGAAUAAAGAACGUAGCAUUUCAUGUUGAUCAGAAUGGUUUCAUCCAUGAACCUCGGUGUCUAAACGAGAAUGAGAGCUGGGAGCUGUUUCAGAAAAAGACUUCAUGUUUUGGAAAGGAUCCAACAAACUCAAAAGAUAAUGAAAGAAUGGGCGUACUAGGGCGAGAGAUGCUCAGACAUUGUUCUGGUCUGCCAUUGGCCAUCAUCGUACUUAGUGGGCUUCUAUCUACGAAGCACACAGUUAAUGAGUGGGAGGAGAUUAAAGGAAAUGUAAUGAGAUACAUAACUAAAGGUAGAGAACAUGAUGACUCAAAAUACUCUGGUGUUUCAUCAGUGUUAGGUUUGAGUUACGAUGAAUUGCCAUUUUACUUGAAACCUUGUUUUCUUUAUUUGGCUCAUUAUCCUGAGGAUGCCACCAUACAAGUAAAAGAAUUAUGUCUUAUGCUCGUAGCAGAAGGUUUUAUACCUUCAAGAGGAGCUUCAACUAAUUCCAUCGAGGAUGUGGCAUAUGAUUGCUUAAGUGAGUUGGUGGAAAGAAGCAUGAUUCAGAAUGAGUGAGAACACGACGAGUUCGAAUAGCAAGUUUAUAUAUAAUAAGUUUGGAGUCUGGCCCCUCUUUGUUCUCUGGCUUCAAUCCAGUCCAGUGGUCCUCUUCCUCUUCCACAAGUUGUAGAUGAUUCAUGGAUGGCGUACCUACCCGAACCUGAAUUCUUCUCAAGCAUUGGCUUUGGCCCCACACAAUUCUUCAAGGACCUUGAAAAACAUGGUAGCUAGUCCAAAUUCUAUUCCAGAAUGGCAAAUACGGCUGGCUGGGUGAGACUGAUAGAAGACGAUGAGUUCGAGUAGUAACGUUGUGAUGGAGGAGGAGGAGGAGGAUCUCUACUCUUCCCGCAAUUAGUUAAUUAAUUGUUCAAUAAUGUUUGGAUUGUGUAUGUGUUGGCGUGUUUUACUUUGGUGUGGCUUUUCUCCACACAAAUUUAUUUGUUGCAUAAUGUUUGGAUUGUUUGUUUGUGUGUGUGUGUGCUUCUACAGUUUUAAUGUUUCAUUCAUAAGUUACUAUAUUUUGGGUGGAGGUCAUAUCUCUACUUUUCUAUGAAAUGUAUGUUAUUUUCAUAAGCAAAAAGCAUGUCUUUGGGUGGUA